AUGAAGGUUUCCAUCGUCCUUGUGCCCCUCCUUGCCGGGCUCGGAAUGGCAGGCCCCAUGCGCAAGAGAGACGAGCAUGUUGCUGGUGUUACAGAUGUUGCGAACAGCAUCAAUGGCGCUAAGAGCAUCGACAGCAUUGACAGCAUCAAUGUUGCUCGCAGUAUUGAUGCUACGGACAGCAUCAACAGUAUUGACAGCAUCGACAGCAUUAAGCGCAGGAGUAUCGACAGCAUUGACAGCAUCAACGGAGCAAAGGUUACCGACAGCAUCAAUGGUGCCAAGAGCAUCGACAGUAUUGACAGCAUCAAUCGUGCUCGCAGUAUCGACGUUGCGGACAGCAUUGAUAGCAUCAACAGUAUCAAUGGAAGAAGUAUUGACAGUAUCAACGCUGCCAACAGUAUUGAUAGCAUUGACAGUAUCAACGGAAGAAGUAUUGACAGUAUCAAUGCUGCCAACAGUAUCGAUAGCAUUGACAGCAUCAACGGAGUAAAGGUUACCGACAGCAUCAAUGGUGCCAAGAGCAUCAACAGCAUCGACAGCAUCAAUCGUGCUCGCAGUAUCGACGUUACGGACAGCAUUGAUAGCAUCAACAGUAUCAAUGGAAGAAGCAUCGACAGUAUCAACGCUGCCAACAGUAUUGAUAGUAUUGAUAGCAUCGACAGCAUCAACAGUAUCAAUGGAAGAAGCAUCGACAGUAUCAACGCUGCCAACAGUAUCGAUAGCAUUGAUAGCAUCGACAGCAUCAACGGUGCUAAGGUUGCUGACGCUGCCGACGGUGCCAACUAA